GACGGCCAGUUGUCCAAAUUUAUCGAAAUUGAUGUGUUUAUGCUGGGGAAAUUGUGUGUACAUGGGAGGCAGAAAAUACGAAUUGGAUGGUUUAAAUUACUUAUUUGAAAACUUGUGUUGUGGAUUUUUAGAUCGAGAUAAAGUGAAAGUUGGAACUGUAAGAAGGCAAUAUCAUUUGAAUAUGCCUCCGUGUGGGUUAUCAAGGAUGCUGAUUGCUGGAUUUUAAAGAGAAAUUGUGUAUUGUUUACUGUCACUGGAAUGGUGUGUGUAUGCACAACUGGACUUUCGUUUUGAGCAUGUACAAACAUUACUGGAUUGUAUUUUCCUUGAAUAAAAAAUGAUUUAGACAACUUGGAGCUUCACAGAGAGACUUUCCAUGAUUGUGGCAGAUUUUUUUGUUGUUCAAACCUGAAUGAAACUUCAUUUUGUAAACUGAACUGCCUUAGCGAAUUUCUUGAAAACAAAGCGGGGAUGUACAAAUAUAUUACAAGCAACUCGCCCUGCAAUGCUACCAGCUUACAAAAUUAGAUGACUGACAUCUGACAUCAAGCCCACUGCUGUGACACACUAUCGCGGCAACAUACAUGACCCACUUUGGUCACCUUGACCUUUGGUCAAGGCCCGUUGCAAGGGCAUUGUAGUCAUGAUUCAACGAAAUCUUUUUCUGCCGUUGAACAACAACGUCUUUCAUAGUUUUGAUCGCAUACAGUCUGCAAUGGCGUCAGGCGAGGGUGACUCUAUGGCCCCUGACGAGAUGUACCUAAUGCUGCAGGCUGAUAUGUUGAGUAUCAAGCAGCAAGAGCAAGUGUUACACUCAGAGAUAGAGGACAUUGCAUCCAAGUUCCACGAGCUGCUGGAGUCCUGCGGGAUUGACUCCGAUACGGGGUCCGGUAUCAUGGCUCCCCCAUCGACUCCCUCCUUCAUGAAGACGAACGCUCACAGCUCACUCACACAGGUCACCAGACUGGAGACCCUGACAUUCAUGAGGCAGACACCCAGCAGGACCACGUAUUCUACAUACUCCGGUCUUUCUGACAGCAGCAGUGAUGAUGAGUCUCGCACUAUGUUUCCAGAGUCUGAACAGAUUUUGGAAGGACUUGUAAACAAAAGUGAUGGACUUCCCCAGGAUGUGUCCUCACCCUCUUCAAAGACUCUAGUUGUGGAUAGAAACUCAAACUAUUUGGACUCGCCUCACAGCGAAGCUAAUGACAACCACACACCAGUCAUUGAGGCUAUCGCUAGUCUUGACAAGACCUCUUCAUCAGACUCCAACACAACCACAUCAAGUGGCAGCUCAAAUCGUAUGUCUUCCUCUUCGGAUGGAUACCCCAAAUCAGAUGAGUCCACUGACAAUCAAAUCGUGCCAGAGUGUUAUGACCUUGAUAAGGAGUUCAUGUCACGACUCCAGUACUACUCAGACUUUACAUUGGAUCGCCAGAGAAAAAUUAACAGUAUGGUUGUGAACUGUGGUGGUGCGCUGAAAGACGCUGAUAACUGUGAGGCAGCAGCUGAUAUUUUGACCCGUCACGUUGAGGGCAAAGAAUCAUCACCAGAGAAGCCGAUGUUUGUCAAACCUUUGGUUCCACCACCCUCUACCACCAGCUCUGGCUCUGACUAUCACUCCACACCUAGUUCACGUCGCCAGAACAGAGAUCGAGCACAGAGACAUAGAUAUUCUCGAUCGAGCCGCAAGCCAUCAUCGAAGCCUCUUGCCUCCUCUACCAUGCUUGACAGCAGCUUCUCAUCAUCAAGCAGUGGGCGUGGCAGUCACCGUGGUAACACUCCACUCAUUCCGCAGGCUUCUUCCACCAUGAUUUACGAAUCUGGUGGUUCCUCCAGUGGCAGCAAUCGACGCAAUAAGAGCAACGGGUCCAACCCUCGUGCUUGUUCUACGAUGCUCAACGAGUCUUUCCUUUCCACAGGGUCUAGUGGAUCUGGCAGUCGCCAUAGGAGCACACCAAUGGCCAACUCCACCAUGAUAAAUGCUCUGCCUGCUAUGGUUCUGUGUGGGGCAGAACCCACCAUAUCUGUGAUCAGACCGGCCAGUGACAAUAACGGGCACAGUGACAAUGACUGUGAAAGUGUGUACACGUGGUCAAUCCAUGAUGGUGACAGUGGUUCUGACAAAGACAUUAGUCUAGAGGAAUCAUACAUGAAGAAAGUCACUAACUCACACAAGAAGGCAAACAAUAAGCCUCCUCUGCCACCAUCUAAACGUGCUAGAAGUGGAAGUGUGAGUUCAAGAGGCAGCAAUGGCGAGCCUCAGUGCAAGGAUCACCAGCUGCAUAAACUGCUCGGUGAGCCGUGUUCCAAGACCAUUCUUGCCUCGUGUUCUGUGAUAGAGCCCAGUGACACUUGCAGAGAGGAGGCCCUCUUUGUUGAAAGCAUGUGCGGGGAUAUAACCGAAUGCACUGUCCCUAAGUCCAACACUCUGCCUCGGUCAAGCACUCGAGUGAAGCUGCAGGACAAGUCAAGUGGCAGUUCCUCUCUGGAGGCACGCAGGGCCUCUCUCCCUGACCUGACCAGCGUGGGUGCCACCUACACAGAUGACCACAGUGUACCGGAGUCGUUUAGCGAUGACGACAUGAUCGCGCUCAGUGAGAGACCUGAAUGCCAGGGAAAGUCGAGUUCCAGUAACGAUAACCCUGGGGGCAACUCUCAGGGCAGUGCCAAUGUAGACUCUAUACUCACUGACAGUCCCAACAGUGUGUGCAGCAGUGGCAUCAAUGCCCCGUACAACUCCCCAGGGACAAACACUAGCAGCAGCUCACGGGUCAGUCUGUCAACAACCAGCGAUGCCAGAUCAUCUGACUCAAACAUAAACACCCGUGCCCCUCAAGUCAACUUGCGCCCACGCAUAUCUGCACCAGUGAACUCGCCCAAACUUCAGAAUGUUGACACAGCAGAGGGCGCUCAGGGAUCCACAUUCAAAGUGCCGAAACAGAAUCUACCUCUCCGAAACUUAUUCCGUUUUCGCCGAAAGUCCAAAACGCCAGAGGUGAAAACAUCCACUCCAAAACCAGUGAUGAAUGCUCAACCAGGCAGCAAGAGACAAUUGUUCCCCUCUGCAGGGACUGCAAACCUUCAGAACGAGGUGAAAGUGAUGGACAAGAAAGCUGUGAUUCGUAAAUUUAAGAAAUUCAGCGACUCGUUCAGACAGCGUGAUCGCUCUGGAAAACCACAGAUUGAGACACUUGCCAAUCUGUAGACGAUUGUGAACAGCAAAUUAGCUCAAUAAUCAGUAUUAAUGCUACAAAUACUUGUGCAAUUCCUGUGUUGAAGUGAAAAUUUUACUAUUGCGUUACAGUAGUGUUUUCAUUUUAGUGCUGAUGUUUGUUUUGUCUGUAAUAAUAUGGUUAAGAAUUAUUGUGGGUCGUAUCAUUCCGUUACGAUGUGACAUUUUGCAUGGAAAUACAUGAUUGUUUGUGAAAUCCAUUUAAACUGUUCAAAUAUUUUCUCUCAGUUCAUAUUACAGUUAUUUUACUUACCUCUGCCUGUAAAGUUAUUUUGUAACUAAUACAGUUUGUUGCUAAUGUUGCCAUUACUUGGUCAGACAUUUAUACUCAAAUAGUGUAAAUAAUUAUUAAACUGUAUGUCAUUGUUUCUCAUGGAUAUUUAUUUACAGUGCUGAUAACUGUAUUGUUAACGAUGGAUGAAUAAAUAGUAUGAAAUUAAAA